CGAGAGCUUGUUCGCCCGGAUCUGGCUACUAGUGGAAAGUGCGAGUGACAGCGCGGCGCGGGGACCCUGGGAUGUGGAACAGAUAAUGUAUCUAAUGACAUGGUGCUAUUAAUGUGAAGACUGACGCAGGAUGGAGGGGGUUUCCACUGCACACCUUGUCAUUAUCCCCGUGGAGGGGAUGACCUGCAACUCCUGCGUCCAAACAAUUGAGCAAAAAAUUCAGAGCCUAAACGGGGUUCACAGUAUUCAGGUAUCCUUAGAAGGAAAGAAUGCAACCAUUAUUUAUGACCCUAAGAUUCACACGUCAGAUUCUCUACAGGAAGCUAUUGAUGAUAUGGGAUUUGAGACUGCUCCUGCCACUACAAAUCCUCAGCCUGUGGCUACUGACAGCACCUUUCUAAACCUCUCCCCAGAGCAGUCAGCUGAACAAAUACGCCUUGGCCUUCUGCAGAUGAAGGGAGUUCUAGACGUUAAAACCUCACUUGACGGGAGAUUGGCGAGUGUAGCCUACAUUCCCUCAUCGGUAAUUACCAGCCAGAUGAUUCAGCAAUUUCCUGGACUAAGUCUAGACCCCCUAUCUUCAAAAAAGGCUUCACCAAAUAAUGACGUUUUGGUGAAAAUGAAGGUAGAAGGAAUGACCUGCCAUUCUUGUACCAGUACAAUAGAAGGCAAGAUAGGCAAACUGCAAGGAGUUCUGCGGAUUAAAGUAUCCCUGGAUAACCAAGAGGCCCACAUUGUUUAUCAGCCUCAUGUUAUCACAGCAGCUGAAAUUAAGACUCAGAUUGAAGAAGCUGGUUUUGUUGCAUCAAUUAAAAACAAACCACCAUCAAAAUUAGGAGCUAUUGAUGUUGAGCGUUUGAAAAAUACACAGACUAAUGGUAUUGGGGAAAAAAUGCCAAAACCUCCUGGUGAUUUUACCAAAGGUGUGUUUCAGGUAGAGGGCAUGCACUGCAAAUCAUGUGUUGUGAAUAUUGAAAGUAAUAUUGGUUCUUUACCGGGGGUGUCAACCGUUGAAGUCUCAUUGGAGAGAAAAUCAGCCGUAAUAAAUUACAAUCCAAAUAUCAUCUCUUGUGAUAAGAUCAGCCGAGCAAUAGAAGCUUUACCUCCUGGGACAUUUAAAGUAAGUGUUUGCAAUGGCUUUAGUUUGGAGCCUUCCAACUCACCAAGGCCGUUACCAUCCUCGGAGCAAAUAUCUUCAAGCAAAACAAGCCAUGGUCCCAUGCAUAACGUUGCUGUUCUUAACAUUGAAGGGAUGACUUGCAAUUCCUGUGUGCAAUCAAUUGAGGGUCUGAUCUCUCAGAAGCCAGGAGUAAAAUCCAUAAAAGUGUCUUUGGCAAAUAAAAAUGCCACUGUGGAGUAUGACCCAGCCGCUACAAAUCCAGAUACUAUAAGAGAAUCCAUUGAAGAUAUGGGAUUUGAUGCUACUCUUCCUGGAAACACAUCUGUGGAAUAUUUUUCAGCACGACGUUCCCUCAACCUGCGGUCCAGUGUAGUCGAUAGCUUUAUCAGGUCAUCAAGGCGCAUAUAUUCUGUCCUUGUUGCUCUGAUGGCUGGGAAGGCAGAAGUAAGAUAUAACCCUGUGAUUAUGCAGCCUUCGGGUAUCGCAGAACUUAUUCAGGAACUUGGGUUUGAAGCUACUGUCUUAGAAAAUUACGAAGAAGGCAAUGGUGUUUUAGAAUUGGUGAAAUUAAAAAUUGUGUGUAGAAAAAAAAGUCUAAUUCUAUUUUUGUCUCAUGCAGAAUUUAGGCUUACUACAUCUUUAGUUAAAAAAGACAGAUCUGCAAGUCACCUUGAUCACAAAGUAAGAUACCGACGGUGGAAACGAUCCUUCCUGAUCAGCUUGAUCUUCUGCAUUCCUGUGAUGGGUUUAAUGAUAUAUAUGAUGUUUAUGGACCAUCACCCUCCAAUGCCACACCACCACAACAUGAGUAUGCAUGAUAUGGAAGUUUACCAUCCAUCAAUGGUCCUGGAACAUCAGCUCCUGCCAGGCUUAUCUUACAUGAAUUUCCUGUCCUUCUUGCUAUGUGUACCUGUUCAGGUUUUAGGCGGCUGGUACUUUUACAUUCAAGCCUACAAAGCUCUGAAGCACAAAACUGCGAACAUGGAUGUGCUGAUCGUUCUAGCGACCUCAAUUGCUUUCAUUUAUUCCUUGGUGAUACUUGCAGUUGCGAUGUAUGAAAAAGCCAAAGUUAAUCCAAUUACUUUCUUUGACACCCCACCAAUGUUGUUUGUCUUCAUUGCCCUGGGACGCUGGUUGGAACAUGUUGCAAAGGUAAAAAUAUAA